AUGUCACACUCAAUUCAACGCCUACGACCGAUUGUCUCGACACAUUGCCGGCGGCAGUUCACGGUUUCGUCGGCCUGGCAGGGCACCGAGCGGUUCAAGGCCGAUUUGAACCAGAGCAAUUUGCUCCCUGGCCAGUUCCUCGUUGGCCCGCCGCACGCGAUCAGCAACAUCCGGCCAAUAAAGUUCUACGUGCCUGCCGACGAGACCCCGCAGGAGCAGGCGUACCGGGAGCUGCGCGAGGAUGCGUGCAGGCGCGACCAUCUGUUCUGGCUCGACAACAACACGCAGUUCGAGGCCGGCAAGGCGGCGUUUGAGCAGGAGACCGUGCGGCAGACUGGCGCAUGCACGCUGGACGACCUGUCAGUGUACUACAAGCAGUACCAGGAGGAGGCAUAUGAGCGGCACCUGGCAUACAACCGGUAUGUGUGGAGGCGGAAUCUGGCAAUGGUUGUGCCGGGCAUCAGGGCAUGGUGGCAGAGCGUCAGGAGGAGGGAGCGGCGCGAGACGGACGGGCUGGCGCGGCAUGCAGAGCAGGGAUAUUUCGAGAACGACAAGCCCGUAGGCAGGAAGGCGGAGCGGGAGAAGCAGGGGGUAGACCGGCGGGAGGAGAAGAUUCAACACCUCACGUUCAGCGUGCAUGACGAGUAUGACACAUGGAGCCGCAUAUCGAGCGAAUUCACGUCUCGAUUGCCGCUGCGCAACCUCAUUUGGAAGGGCGGGCUGAGCCAGUCGUCGCGGUUUGUCGAGCAGCUGAACAUCAAGGUGGCAACCAACGAGGCCACUGACCGCGACACGCUGCCGAUAUCGGCGCUGCAGACAAGCCCGCUGCUGAACAUCUACCUGGCUGAGUCCACGGACAGCGAGGCCGAUACGUACAAGUCAAUAACGAAACCGCGGGUCAAGAACUGGGUAGACAAGGUGUCGCAGCGCAAGGGCGAGGAGUGGCUCGUGGUGUAUCUUCCCAACGACAGCGAGGGCACGCGCAUGGCGACGGCCAAGUUCCUGAACAUGCGGACGUCAGUGCUUGACAAGCUCAAGGGCGAUUUCCAGAGCAAAAAGGACGUGGAGCGCGUGGUUGCCCUGCACCCAUCGCUGAUUGAGAGCUGGAACGCGGUGUUUCUUGUGAUCCGUGAGCGCGUGGUGCAGGCGCUGGAGGGCCGCGUGGCGGCUCUGGCGGAGGAGAUCCGGCGAAUGGACGCAAACCGCAUGCUGCCAGGGUGGAACUACUGCAAGUUUUUCGUCCUGAAGGAGGGCCUGGUGAGGCUAUACCGGCUGAUGGGGCUGAAUGAGGAAGCGCUGGCGCAGUACGACGAGCUGGAGGCAGGCUCGCUGUCGUGGUUCACAAGGUUUGGCGGCGGCGAGCCUGGCGAUGACUUUACAGACAUCCUGGAUGCUGGCAGGAAGCCAAACACGAUUUCGAUGUUUGAUUUCCGGAUAUACCUGUUUGGGCGGCAGUCGGAGCUGCUGAUUGCGCUGGAGCGGUACACUGAGUUCAUUGAGCGGGCAGAGCGGUUUGUGCCGACGUUUGCCAAGGCGAUGCGGGCGCCGGGCACGGGCCUGUCGCUGGCGUUUGUAUGCGAGGGCGUGCUGGUCGCGCAGUCACCGCACGCGCAUGGCCGAGCCAACACCAACAACACGAACCGGCUCUUGUCAGCAGCCAAGGCCGAGUUCCUGACGAGCGCCAGACGGCAGCUGGACAUUCUGGGCACGCUGCACGACCGCCUGCCGCCGUCGUAUCUGCGCAAGGCCAGCACAUACACCUACAUCCCGACAAAGCUGCUGGAGACGCCGGAUGCAAGCGACUCGGAGGACGAGAAGGGUCCGGAUUGCGGAGCUGCAGCGGGCGCGCAAGCGUUUGUGGGCAGCGUGCAGAUCACGAACCCGGUACUGACAGAAGCGCUAGCGAGCGAUAACAGGUUCGACCAGAUAUACAUCCGCACCUGCGAGCAGGCGACGCAGUACUACAACGAGUGUGCGCGCAAGCGCUUCGCCCAGGUCUUGCAGGGCGACAUUGCGCAACUGCACAUCUGUCGCGGGCGCUGGCUCGAGGCGACCAAGGUGCUGCGCCCACUGAUUGCCAAGCAGACAAGCAGCAACCUGGGUAUCAUGGACGUGCACUUGGUGGAGCGCCUGGCGGUGUGCGAGCGCAACCUGGGGAACCACGAGAAAUGUCUGGGCUACCUGCUCAAAACCCAGGCGCUCUAUGCCGAGCAGCUUGUGGAGAUGUCGGAGAUGUUGCAGCGCGAGCACCGCAUCGAUGCAGCGUCAGUGUUUCAGCUCAGCUCAGUUGAGACUGUAGAUCUGGACGGACCUAGCGUGCGUGUUGUCCUGGCGAACACCGGCUCCGGGCAGCUGGAGAUUGACAUGGACCUCACAACUGACUCGGUGUCGUGCCCAGGCCAGUUUGCAGUGCGCCUGGUCGAGAUAAGCAUUGGCAAGAUUGUGUUUUACUGCGCGCCACCCAGUGCGCACUUUGUUGUCCGGCUGAACGAACACCCGGCCAACGCAUUCGUUGCAAUCGAGCCAGCAGCGAGCGUCCAGAGCGAUGGACCGAGCUGCAUGCGCAUUGCAGUCGAGUCGCGUGGCCACAAGAUCGAUGGUGGGCUGGCAAUCCGCGUGUUCAGCUCGCAGGGCGCACCGCUGCUGGAUCCGCAGUGCACUGUAACUAGCAACACUGGUGGUUCUGGGUCCCCUGACUGGGCGAUUGCCGAUGGCGCCAUUGUAGAGCUGAGUGACCAGUACGCAACCGACCACAUCACCGUGUACGCAUUGUACCGGUCCGACUCGCAGCCGCGGCUGUUUCUGAACAGCGAGCUGGUCGAGUUAGCGCUGCCAGUCAGUGUCUCAGCGCAUUUCAGCGCACUGAGCACCAAAUCCAUAGUUCAGGUGCGCAUGCAGUGCCUGUCGCUUGGGCCAGUGCGCCCGCUGCCCAGAACCGCCACGGCGGUGCGCGGGUUCCUGCAGCUGGGCGACUUUGCGACUGACGUGUAUGAAUUCGGCCAGAACGUCUCGCAGAUCGACCUGGAUGCCGAGGUCGCCUUUGUACCGCUGUUCUCUGUGGUGCAUCAAGCAGUGGAUGCCUGUGUUCGCCAGGCCACAUGUGAGCACAGGCUUGCGCAGCACUCGCUAUAUAUCUCGCGGCUGGUCAUGGCGCAUAUGCGCAGCACGCUGGAUGUCGAUGCGACGUUGCGCUCGUCGCAGCUGGUGUUUGAGCCACUUGGGUCGCUGUGGGUGGUAGCCAGCGCCGAUGCCACGGGUGCGCUGCGCGCGUCAAUGCGGCGAAUGUGCAAUUCCUUGCAGCACCAGCUGGAAUCAGCCCCGCUGCUACUCGAUUCCACGGACGAGUCGGUGGUGCGCCGCGUGCGCCAAAAGUUCUCCCAGGCGGCGGUGCGCAAAUUUGCCGCCGUCUCCAUGUCCUUUGAUGGCCCAAAGUACAGCUCCGUCUACGAGCCUGUGCCUAUCACUGAGCAAUGGCUGGAGGACAAGGUUGCUGUGCUUCGCUAUGUGCUGGUUCCGCUGCAGGUGGGAUAUUUGCAGCUGCCCAGCGUUGUGUGUCUGGUUAAUGACCGCGAGGGCGCGAAUUACCGUCCUGUCCAUACCUGGACAUCAUAUGGGCAGGCGAGCCCAUGUGUGCUUGCCAACGACAAGGUGCCCUCGGUGUAUACAGUGCCCAUUCUCGUCUAA